AUGUAUUAUUCUUUUGAAGGCGUGUCAGAGAUAUCGGGCGUGGUGGCGCGAGGGCGGUUGGCGGUGCUGUCUGCGCGCUUAAUCACCGCCACCUCCUCCAAUGAGCUCAUUGAGGUGGCGCCAUCUCUCGAGCCAAACUGCCUCUCAGCUCAGGUCUCACCUCCCGGAAACCUUGCAGGCUCCUUGACCGUCGUUGAUGGAAGGACCGGCAAGAAGUACCAGGUACCGGUCUCUGAGGAUGGCACUGUCAAAGCUACUGAUCUUAAGAAGAUUACACCUGGGAAAAAUGACAAGGGGCUCAAAGUUUAUGACCCAGGCUAUCUGAAUACAGCUCCUGUUCGGUCGUCGAUUUGUUAUAUUGAUGGUGAUGAGGGUAUCCUUAGGUAUAGGGGCUACCCAAUUGAGGAGUUGGCUGAGAAUAGCAACGUUGUGGAAGUGGCCUACCUCUUAAUGUAUGGGAAUUUGCCUUCUGAAAAUCAGCUAGCAGACUGGGAAUUUGCUAUCUCUCAGCAUUCAACCAUACCACAGGGAAUUCUGGAUAUAAUACAGGCGAUGCCUCAUGAUGCUCACCCAAUGGGUGUACUUGUCAGUGCAAUGAGUGCUCUCUCCAUUUUUCAUCCUGAUGCCAAUCCUGCUCUCAGAGUAAGUUUGAUAAUUUUAGAUUGAUGUAGUGAGUUUUGUAGUACUCUUUUGAUUAGGUAAAAGAAAAUUCUUCUCUUUUUUAUUUUUAAUUUUUAUCAGGUAUC